AGGUGCAUUUAUUUUAGUGUAGUGUGCCAUAAUGAAUGUUGACGAACAGCUGAUUAACAUCAGUGCACGCGUAUAUACGCAAAAACUAUGAUUUUUACCAUGACUUAAUAUUUUGAAUAAUUGAUUAUUAAGUAUAAAUAUUGUUUGUCUUAAUUUAUUGUACAUACGUGUAAACAAUAUUCUGUUUGUUUUUAUGUUUGAUACUGAUGUCUUAACAGAAUGCACUUAACGUUUUUUCAUUUCUUUCAUGGAAUGUAACAUUUUAUUAAUACUCAAUAAAUUGAGGAAACAUUAAUUUAACGUGUAAUUAAAGUUUUACUGUUUACAAAUUACUGUUCACAAUGGAUAAUAUACCUCUACCGUCUAAUAAAAUGCCAAAAUGUUGGAACGAAGAAGACAGAAUGAACGCUUUGUUUUCUCCUUUUCGAAGUAGAUCUGCAAAUCCUUUGGACUGGUCAUCUAAAUAUAAGUUUUGGCAAAAUUUGAUAUACGAAUGGUUGGAUCACACAAUGCAAAUCAGUUUUUCCAUUUCAGACUUAAAUAUUGCUUUUAAAAGGAAAGGAUGUACACCGCAUUGUUUAGUAACUGUUGUUGAGGAACUCCUUCGGAACAAUGAAAUAAUUACAGAGGCUGAAUUUUUAAAAGAACCUUGUGAUUCAUGGACAGCAUGGUCGAUAGAUAUAUUUGUGAAGAGACCACUUGUGUGGUCAUUUUCAAAAGUUAAAAGUUAUGUUGUAAAUAAUGAAAUUGAUAAAGACACCAGAUACAUACAUUUAAAAAUUGUUAAAAAUCUAGGAGAAACAGUUUUUUCCCUUUUGGAAACUAAAAGAGAACAUAUUCUUGUACCAUUUACUGAAAUAGUAAAAAGUUGUAAAUCUGAAAUAAACCAAAACAUAUCAGAUAAUACAGUAAUGUUAGUUUUAAUUUGGCUAAGACGUGAAAAAAGAGUGACUUUUACAAAUAGUACAGAUAAACAUGAGUUACUGAUAAAAAUUCCUGUUCAUCCAUCUGAUAAUGUAACAGAAAUUGAGGAAGGUUUAUACAAAUUACUAAAGCAAGAGAAUGAACUUGUAAGAGAAAUAGAACUUUUGGAAGAAGGAAAAAUCAAUAUUAUAAAUGAAGCUAAAUCUUAUUUGAAUAAAGGUUUACGCCAAGUGGCAAAAACGCAUUUAAGAAAAAAAUUAGAAUUGGAAAACACUAUUGUAAAACGGUCUCAAACACUUGAAAAUAUUCGAAUUCUUAUAUUGCGUAUUCAAGAUACUCAUACAAACACGGCUGUGUUAUCAGCAUAUAAAACAGGGUCUGAUGUGUUAAAGAAAUUGAAUGAAAGUGGUUUAUCAGAAAGUAAUGUUAGAGAUAUUAUGGAUGACUUAUCAGAGGCUUUAGAAGAACAGAAGGAAGUUCAAUCUAUGUUAUCAGAGACCUUUAAAGAUGAUUCAUAUACUGAUUUGGAACAAGAACUAGAUGAAUUAAUAAAACUUGAGGAGAAUGUUCUACCUUCAGUACCAAGUACUUCAUUAAGCACCAAUAUUGAUGAAAUUGAGGAGAGAUUAAAAAAAUUACAGUUUGGAAAUACUAUAGGAUCCAAUAUCUCUUCAUUGGAAUCAACAUCACCAUCUGUUAAAAAAAAGCAAGCAUUAGCAGAACCUGAAUAUGCAUAAAACAUUAUAUCAACAAAUUACAAAGAAUGGUUUUUAUAUUAAACUUAUCUUUACAAAUACAAAUAGUUUGACUCUGUGAUACUUAAAAAAAACUCUUGCAAGAAUAAUUGUAUAUUCUUUUAUUUGUGUAUAUACACAACCCUGGUACUUACAUUAAAAUAACAUCAAAAAUUUACUAUCUAUGUAAAUGCAAUAUUUGUAAUUUGUAGAAAUAUAUACUUACACGUGUAAGUUCUCUUAAUUUUAAUCUAAUUUAUAUAAUUUCGUAACAAUUAACAUAAUUAUUUAUUGUCACUGAAGCAUGUUAUUUCUAUUAUAUAAAAUGUAUACCGUACAAAAAAAUGUGUGAUAAUGCAAAAUGUAAACUAUGUAAAAUGAUUUUCGUCAUUAAGGCUUCGAUGUAUUUUGUUCAUUAAGGCUUUACUCUUUGAAGUUUUUAUCACAUUAAAUGUUCAAUAUUAUAAAUCACACGUUUAGAGUAUUCAUUGCUUUGCAUUACAAGUAGGUAAUGGUUUCAGUAGCUCCAUACUAUGGAGAAACUGUUCUACCCAUGACAUAUGGAAAGAAACAGCAGUAUACAAAGUAUACGUGGUACUAUCGCAUUGCCUAGUUCCUCCUACUGUUCUCGUUCCAAGACUAACACUGACAAUACCCUUCAAAUACCAUAAAGAACCCCAUUGGAAAAUUAAUCCACCGCCACUAUCGCCCUCGCAAACUGACGAUCCUGUAAUUUAUGUUUGUUAAUUAGCUUUCAAGGAAUACAAAAAACAUAUCAUAUUUAAAUUUACUCACCAUUUGUAUAACCUGCACAGAGCUUAUCGUAUGUAAUGUAAUUUUGGGUCUCAUAUGUAACACUCGCAUCUGUACAUUUUCUUUUAGGAACAAAUGGUAAUGUAAGUGUCUGUAAAACGAAACUGCUUGAACCAGUAGCAGUUCUACCAAAUCCUGCUACUCUGCCAUACAUCUCGGGGUCCAAUAAAAUGUUAUUAGAAAAAUCUAAACAUAUUGGUUGCAACAAUGAUGAGAAUACAAAUGGUUCAGUGAUCUUUAAUACAGCUAUAUCUGCUGCAUAAGACCCAAGUAUCCCAUUAUAGUCGCAAGAAAUAUGGACUUCUUCUACCUGAAAUCAAAGUAUAUUAACGAAAUAUUAAACAUAACUUUUAAAUAAAUAAUCUGGCACAGACGUACGUACCGUGGCUUUCUUCACAUACUUUGCAUUAUGGAAGGAAGAGUCAUAAUCUCUAAAAAUAUUGCCAGCUGCUACGUAAUAUUUCCAGGAAUCGUCAGAAACACAAUGAGCUGCAGUAACUAACAAACUAUCCUGAAUAAUAGUUGCACCACAAAUAAAUUCUUUAGGCGCGUCUGUUGUUUGCGCUCUAUAAAGUGUAGCAUGCCAUGGAAAUUGAGUAAUAUUUGCCUGAGUUCCAUUUACUAUAAGUGGUUUAACAUUUGCAGGAACAACACCACACACUGAAACAUGCAUUUAAAUUAUUGACCAUUAC